UAUAUUGUUGUUCCAAGUUCAAAGACCUAGAAUUUCUCCCGAAAUCUUGUUUACCGGAAUUCAGGAACAUUUCCCGAUUUCCCAUGAAAUCCUCCGUAUUUCAUCACUGAAUCUCUACAGAUUCCGACGCCGAUGUGCCCCACAAGCCGAUCACCGAGCCCGGACCUGGCUCCGGCUCCAUCGCCAACGAGCUCGAGGUCGGUGACCCAGACGGUGAACGGGUCGCACCAGUUCGUGAUCCAAGGCUACAGUCUGGCGAAGGGUAUGGGGAUCGGGAAGUACAUUGCCAGUGACCACUUCUGCGUCGGAGGCUACCAGUGGGCGAUCUUCUUCUACCCCGACGGUAAGAACCAGGAGGACAACUCCACCUACGUCUCCGUCUUCAUCGUUCUCGCCAGCGAAGGCACCGAAGUCAGGGCGCUUUUCGAGUUAUCUCUCGUCGAUCAAAGCGGCAAAGGGAAGCACAAGGUGCAUAGCCAUUUCGAGCGCUCGCUUGAUUCCGGUCCUUACGCACUCAAAUACCGCGGCAGCAUGUGGGGAUUCAAGCGUUUCUUCAGACGUUCCAUACUCGAGACAUCUGACUACCUUAAAGAUGACUGCUUGAAAAUCAAUUGUACAGUUGGAGUCGUGGUUUCGGAAAUACGUUGCCCACGUUUGCAUGUCAUUCAUGUCCCAGAUUCUGAACUUGGAUUACAUUUUGGAAAGUUACUGGAUAACAUGGAAGGCUCUGACGUCACAUUUGAUGUAGCGGGUGAGAAGUUUCAAGCUCAUAAACUGGUACUGGCUGCUCGAUCCCCAUUUUUCAAAUCUAAAUUUUUCCGUGGGCCAGUGGACAAUCAAAUUGUCACAAUCGAUGAUUUGGAGCCUAGGGUUUUCAAGGCCUUGAUACAUUUCAUGUACAAGGAUUCUCUUCCAGAAGAUGUAGAGCCUGUGAAGACUCAUACCUUUCACUCAUUAAAGUUGUCUGAAAUAUCCGAGACAUUGAUAGCAAAGCUUUUGGCUACCGCGGAAGUAUACAAACUAGAUAGGCUCAGAUUAAUGUGUGAAUCUCACAUCUGCAAGGGCGUAUCUAUCAACUCUGUCGCCAAGAUCCUUGCAUUAGCGGACAGAUAUAACGCCUCUGAACUAAAAGGUGUUUGCCUGAGAUUUACUGCUGAAAACCUAGCAGCUGUACUGCAGACAGAAGGCUAUGAAUACGUGAAAGACCAUUGCCCGAAGCUGCAGUCUGAGCUUCUGAAGACGGUGGCGGGCUACGAGGAGGCCAGCAUCAGCAUUAGCUGCGGUGGAGGUGGAAAGUCUCAGAGCGUUUGGGCCCAACUCUCCGACGGUGGCGACACUAGCAGCCGGCGGGGACGUCAACGCAUUUCAUAGGAGGAACCCCCUUUAUGAUAAUAUUGUUGCCUGUUGGAGUUUAAAGUAUGAAACAAUUACACAUAGUACAUCACAAUCUACCCUGACAAAUAGCGUAUUCCUUUUCUUUUUUUUUGUUGCCAAACAUAACAUUAUGUAUAUGCUUCAUUUCAUAUUCUUGUUUGUUCAUUCGGUCCAGAAUUUUUUUUGUAGAAAAAAAAAUAUCUGAAGGCCUUCAGGUUGAUAAUAGAUAAACCAUAUAGCGGGGGUUUUCUUC